AUGGAGGCCAGACGGACAGACAGGUCCAAGGGCAGACAAGCCGAGAGCCUCAAACUCAGGUCGACAGUCAAGACAUGGUCGCACAAACAAACCCACCACGUGUGGCAAACCAACUGGGAAACCGAGACGCGAGGGAGAACAUCGUUCCGUCUCACGCCGAAGCCGACAAAGAAGGUCCUCGGCCUCCACGAAGGCCUCAGUAAACGCCAGAGCGCACUCCUGGUCCAGAUGCGCACGGAAAAGAUCGGGCUCCAGGACUUCCUCUUCAACCGAAGAGUACCGGGCAUCACCAACGCCAACUGCCCAUGCCGGGA